AUGGAAGACCGACCCCUCACUCAAGUCAGCACCGACCCAAUAACCCUCACCGCCCACGAAACCUCCCCCGCCUUAAUCUUCAGCACCUUCACCGCCACGACCGCCUUCAACCUGGGCCUGGCCCUCCGGGACCGGAUCCUCAGCCUACCCGCUUCGUCGCGCAAGCCGGCCCUCAUCAGCAUCACGCUGACCACGGCGCCGUUACCCUCCUCCUUCACCGACAACCAACCGGUCCCGCCGCACGUCGUCUUCCAGUGCGCCACGGAGCCCGGCACGAUCCCGGACAACGAGGUGUGGGUGCGCCGGAAGCGGAACACCGUGCUGCGCUGGGGGGUGAGCAGUUGGUUGAUGCGCAACAAGCUCUUGUCCACGCUGGCGGACGCCGAGAAGGGAGGGGUGGAGGCGGCGUUUGUCAAGAAAUAUGCGCUGCGGUCCAGUAAUGGCGGGGCGGUGGCGGAUGAUUAUGCCAUUCAUGGUGGGGGGUUCCCGGUGCGGGUGCGCGGGGUGGAUGGGGUGGUGGGCGUCAUUGUGGUCAGUGGGUUGAAGCAGGAGGAUGAUCAUCAGGUGAUUGUCGAUGUGGUGCGGGAGUUUAUUUCGCAGGGUCGUGGGGGAGAGGUGUCUUCUGCUUAA